CAGUUGUAGAGAAGUCGUGGUGGAGGGCAGGGAACUCCAAAGAGCUUAGUGUGAUGACUUGUAAAUUACGGUGAGUUAUGGGGAAAUAUUAAAUGAAAACAGAAAAAGCAAAGACAAUGUCAUCGGCUGUGAUGUGAUAAUCAACCCGUAAUUGAUGUGGACUCAAAAUUAAUCCCUGGAAAUAAUAUUAAAAAAAUAAAUUGGUAAAGAUUGAAGAUUCCUACUUUAGUUUUUUUUCGAUUGGGUACAGUCGACAACAAAAGUGUAACCCAAAAUGUUUCGAGAGGCGUUGAGGAACCGGAUGAACUCCCUCUUGCGGAAACAUGUCUGCGAGAUGGACCUGUCCACUGCCAUGGACGAGGCCAAGUUGGCUUGUAGCUACUUCUUCAACAAUCGGUUUGAAGAGGCCAGGAAUCUCAUGAGGCCAUGGGCUCACAAGAGCAUGUACCAUGCGCUGGGGUAUGGAACGUUCAUGUACCUACAAGCCAUCAUGACCUUUGAACCAAAAGAUAUUGAGGCUGCCAUUGAGUCUUUGAAACAGAGCGUGGAUGUUUGUAACAAGUUCAGGAAGAAAAAUACCAUUGGAGAGAGUAUAGGCAAAAUGGUCAAGAAAAUGGAUUACAAUAGUCUUACCAAAGAGGAGAUUCACGCUGAAUUGUGUUAUGCUGAGUGCCUGCUUCUCCGUGCUGUUCUUACCUUCAUGGAAGACGAAACUCUCAUCAGUUUCCUGAAAGGAGGCAUGAAGAUCAGGGCCUGUUACCAGUCUUACAAGGAGUGUUGGUACAUCCUUGAAGGCCGCGACUGGAGCAAAGAUGCAGACAAGAUGCAUUUUGAAUCUGGAGUCCGAAUGGGCGUUGGAGCUUUUAAUCUUAUGAUCUCACAGCUUCCUCAGAAAAUUCUCAAGUUGUUGGAAUUUGUAGGUUUCUCAGGCAACAAGUCGUGUCAGGUAAGAGAACAGAAGCACUUGGGCUUAGCAGAGUUGGAGAGAGGUUUUUAUCUGGAAGGCUCAUUAAGGCGAGUUUUGUGCGCUCUGGUGCUACUUGGUUAUCACCUCAUAGCCACGUAUGUCUUAGGAACAUCAGAGGGAGAUCUUGAGAUGGCACAAGUUAUUUUAGAUGACCAUUUAAAGCUGUAUCCUAAUGGUGCAUGGUUCCUCUUCUUUGCCGGAAGAUUAGAGUACGUCAAAGGCAACUUUGAUGUUGCCAUUGAGAAAUACAAAAUAUCCCUACACAGUCAGGAUGAGUGGCGUCAAUUCCAUCAUCUGUGUUACUGGGAACUUAUGUGGUGCUGCAUCAUGAGUGCACAAUGGAAAGAAGCUCAGGGUUACGCUGAUAAGCUCCUACAAGAAAGCAAGUGGUCAAAGGCAACUUACGCUUACCAGAAGGCUUGCUGCAUGUGCAUGAGGAUGAAAGAGUUGACACCAGCUGAAAAAGAAGAGCUUGCGGACACUAUGAGAACCAUCCCAAGUCUCAAGCAACGUAUUGCUGGCAAAAGUCUUCCUGUUGAAAAGUUUGCCGUCAAAAAAUCAAACAGAUUCUUUGCACAAGGAGAAACUCUUACUUUAUCAGCCUUGGAACUCAUUUAUGCAUGGAAUGGCUUUAAGAUUCUUGCAAAGAAAUAUGAAAAUGUAGAGAAAAUGUUUGUCAUCAUUGAGAGAGAGAUGAAGAGACUGGAGUCCAUUAAAGUUGAAAGCCGCAAUGAGUACUACUGGGAUGACUACCUCCUGUGCCAUCUUGUAAAAGGAGCUUGUUUAGCAUACAUGAAUUCCCCUUUGCAAGCGGAGGAAUGCUUUAAAUUUGUUGUCAGCAAUGAGAAGAAAAUUAAAGAAGAUAACUACUUGGUUCCUAAUGCUUUACUGGAAAUUGGACUUCUCUUGUUACGUGCUAAUGAUUUGGACCAGGCCAAGAUCAUAUUGGAACACACCAAAAAUAACUACAAGAGCUAUUCCUUGGAAUCAAGAUUACACUUCAGAAUCCAUGCAACACUGAACAAGAUCCAAGGCAUUCAGAAGGGCACUAGCCAUGAAGGACUUGCCCCUCUCGAUGAUUAUCCUUCUUUGAGCCGGUCCCCCUCUCCGAGCAUAGCCAAGAUGGAGGCAAACGGCAUGGAGAAACACCUGAACGGAGACUCGCUGAAACCGCACGCUGCAGUCGGUAAUAAUCUGUGAUGAUGACCUGACCCCACCUCUCUCUUGAUCAUCAUAUGAAAGUGUUUUGUAUGAUGCUAGUCAAUAGCCUCAGCAUUUUUUUAAAAUGCUUCUGUGUCUCAGACACUGAGGCAAAUUGUUAACGCUAAUAAUUUUUCUUCUAAUUAUUUUAAAUGUGAACAUACCGCUGAUUUUAAACGUUACGAUACAGUUGGGGACUGUCUGGUACAUAGUUGCCCAAUUCAGUGUUUAUGCAACAAUGAACAUGGUUAGGAUUUUUAUAUCAUUACACUUAAGUGUUGCAAGUGAUGGCAUCAGGUAUUUGAUAUUGUUGGAAAGUUUUUUUCUAUUUUACUGGAAGAAUUUUGCCUAGGAAUAACAAAUGGUUAUCAGAAAUUUCUGUUGGAAUGGAAAUCAUUUUUAUUCAGCAGUGUCUUAGAUAUUCUAGGUAUGUAUAUCAAAAUGUAAUGGUUUAAAGCAACACAGAUACACCUCUAUUGCAUUCAGUGUACAGUAUACAUGCAGUCUAUAAUUUAAGAACUCAUAUCUUUUCACACAAGUUAUUCUCAUAAUUGUAAAUAAGAGGAUUAAAAGAUAUAUUUGAACGAUGAGAUCUCCAUUCAUUCAGAUUUUAGAAAAAUUAUAUAAGGAAUGUCCAAGUCCUUUUGUAUAUAAAGAAUAUAAAUAUAUAUAUAUAGAUAUACAUGAAAUAUGUAGAUGAUAUUUUGUUAUUAAGUAGUGCUGUAUAUUAAUCAAAUUUUUCAGAUGCUGUUAGUGUUAUCAGAAUGAGUGUCUAAUUUUCUCUAAAAGAAGUUACAGAGCCUUUUGCACUAUUUACUCAAUACAGCAUUCGAAGGUUUAAGGUUCUUUUAACAACUAUUCUUUUUAGUUUCAGAGUACAGGUUACUCUAAAAAAGAACUCACUUUAGAUUUUAUGAGAGGAUUUGUAUAACACAUGCCAAAUUGUUUCCAAGCCUGUCACAACCAAAGAAGUUAGUUAUUUUACUUUUCAGUACAUUUUGAUUAUUAAAAGUUAUGAGUACAAGAUGGGUAAAUGAAGCUUCAUCUAUUUUUGUAUAUUCUGUAUCAGGAAGUUACAAAAUGUAACUAUCAUUGAAAUAUUCCUUAGACUUAAAAGGUGGCUGAUGCCAUACGGGAAGAAGGGAAACGCAAUUUGACAUGAAAUAGAAGCAAUGGCCGCAUUUUAAAAUAAGAGCACUACUUGCAGUGUAUGUACUUAUUUGGGUGUGCAUGUCAGCAUCCAAUUUUACCAUCUAAGAGAAGUGGUGAUGUUAUGAUGAAUAAUUUUGAUUGUGUUGUUCUGAUUUGUGAAAGGAAAGACUGUCCAUUUACAUAUUUAAGGUAGUUGAAAUAUUAUGGAUGGAAUUGUUGAUAUUUUUUUUUGGGGGGGAGGGGCAACUGUAGGCAUAUUGAACAUAUCUGUCAUUACUGUGAUUAAAAGAGAGUUUAUUUGGGGAAUAAGCUUCUUGCAUUAACAAGGUAACGAUUGACUCGAAUGGCAAAAGGCUAUGAUGACCGCUAACAAGUUUAUUUAGAGAUAAUUUCUUAGUGUGAGAAAUGAAUGUUUAUGUAAUUUUAAAAUUAAAUGCAAAAAUUUUGUACAAAUUAAAUGAAGCUUAUAGAGUGCUCAGUUGAAUCCACUCCUUAUUUGAGAAUAUUGUACCAGUUUGUAUUAUAAUUUUUGAAGAGUCUACUGUCAGUAGAUGAAAUAGUAACUGAAAUUGAACUUGUCUAAUUCUCAUGCAGAAAAGAAUGAGAUGUAUAUAUCUCUAAAAACGGUUAAGCAAAAAAAUAUGCAUGCGUAUUAUGAAAUAAUGUAUUUGGGAAGCUUCAGUUUACAUCCAUAUGAUGUACUUAAAUUUAUAUUAAUUUUGUUCACAGUUUUCCAAGUUAAAAUGUCACGCAUCUAAUGAGCUUUGUAACUGUGUGGAGGAAAAGUAAUCUUUUAAGUGAUGCAUAUGUUUGCAAGGUGGCCAGUCUUAAAGUGGAAGAUUUGGAAUUGGGAGCGUUUAACAACUAAAGGAACAUCUGCUGGUACCAUGCGUUUAUAACUUAUGAAUUAUAUAUGUAUGGGCAUGUUAAGUACUGUAAUAACCUUGAUGAUAUCUGGUAGUAGUUUUUAAUCUACGGCUUCUAUUCUUUCAAUCACAGUAGCUCGAAGUCCAAAACCUUGUAGGUUGGUGGCUAAAGUUAAUUGCUAAUCAAGAGUGCUGUAUUCAAAGUUAUACUUAUUGUGAACUGCUAUACAUACUCUAGUAGUAUCUAUAUUUCAUCUACUCCGAUAAGGCUUAUACACUACAACCUUUCAAUCUUGUUUAGAGCUAUCUGCAAGUUCUGUCUACAUUAUAUUAGUCUUGAAUCAAACCUUAGCAAAUGAAUUACUGGUACAAAAUCAAAUAGCAAGAUGGAGAUUCUGUAAAGCAUAUGAACUACUCUUUAUCAUAUCAGUGCAAUAACAUUUAAAAGAAGUAGUUUAAUGAGUUUUUAGCUUCAUUUGUAGUGAGCAAUCCUUUAGAAUACAUUCCAAACUACUGUAUUUAUUGAUACGUCCAACAAUACUGCAUGCAUUGUAUGCCAGCAUUUUUGCUGUGUAUGUUCUUGAAAAAAGUACUUACCUCUUUUGUACAUGUACAAGAUGUACAUUAUGCAGCAAUAGAUUUUUGUUUGGCUAAGUAAUUAGCAUUAUAUAGAAUUUUAAUGGUUUGCAGAAAAAAAAGUUUACCAACACUACAUGCUGUGCCAUAAAAGUGUGUACUGUUCUAUGAAUGAGAGCUUGAAGCAGUGCGCAAGAUUUUCUAGAAUGGAAAUGAUACCUACAUUAUGGUAAAAUAAUUAUUAGUAUACGUUCAGUUUAUGAUUAUAUUUUUAUCGCUGUAAAUCGUAGAAGUUACCCGAAGAGGAUUUGGGGGUCACCCCCAUGGUGUGUAUGGUUUUGUUAUGACUUGUACUUAUUUAUUCAGAAGCCAUCUACUACAUACAAUUUGCCUCGUAGCUCUCUGUGAGGUAUUCAUGGCUUCCAUAUACAGGUAUUAUUUUCAGGGCUUUCAAUGUCUGUAGUGUAAGUGAACUUGAGUAUCUUCCAAAAUAUUUAGUAAGACCUCACUUCUUGAGUAUAAGAAAUUGUUUUCAUACUUAAAAAAUGUUUAUUGUUGUUUUAAGGUGAAGAAAAUACAGUAGGUUCACAAGUCAUGUGGAAAGUCAAGGUAUUGUCUGUGGGUUAAAUCUUUGUAUUAGGAGUCAGCCUAAAAGUCUGUUGUUGAUAACAUGACCAUGAGUCUCAUUUGUUGGGUAAGUUACACAAACCCAUUUGGCAAUAUUAUUUAAUGUAGUCUAGGUAGAGUAUUCAGGUUUUUGAUGAGGGCUCUUUAAAGUUAGUUUUUUUUUAUUCAGUUUCAUCACUGACACAAAGUUGAAUUGUAAGGUCAGUUGAAACAGAUAUUCUUCUCUUGUUAUACCUGUAAAGGAAGCCUCACAUCAAACUGUUACUUUAUUUAUUGUAAUUCUGAUUAUGUACAUUUAUACAUAUCUUUAGUUACUUGCACCCUUUGAAACUUAAAAUUUAAGAGUUUGGUACAGGUAUACAGAAGUCUGAAGUUUAAUUACAGCAAAGAAUAUUGCAAAUUUAGUCUGAGAUAAACACAAGAAAAUUUUUUAAGGGACGUGUUAUACAAAAGCAUUAUGGAACAAGAGUAUAAGAACACAAAAUUUUGCAUCAUAUACAUACUGCAAUUUGCAUUUCUAGAAGGCGACAGAUCCAAACUACUAGGGUGACCUCAGCCAGAAUUGUGAAGGCUUUGCUGGUUAUGUAGUAUAUCUGUAUGAAAGUAUAAGAAUAUUUUAUCAUCCAAGUUCCUAUUUAAUAUCCGUUGGAUUGCUGUAUAUGUAAUAGUUGUAAGAGGAUAAUGUGAAAUUGUCAUAUUUAAUUAUUUUAUAUUUUAUUUUGAAAUAGAUUAAAAGAUGCUUGUAUAUUUGAACUUAGUACAUCCCAUCACAGUAGAGGGGAACUGAACAUUAACAUUUUGCAAAUGCUAUCAGCUAUAAAUUACACAUUGAAUGACCUUUGCAUCAGGCUCCUGAUUUAUGAUAUUCUGUCAUUAAUUUGUGAAAGAUUGUCAGGUUAUCAAAUAAAAUAAAUGGUUACCAGUGGCUCUAAUGAUGAGGUAUUUCCUAAUCCAGUAUUUGUUGUCUUUAUUGAAUUUUAGGUCAUGGAAUCUUCUUAAGAUUUUAGGCACAAGUCGCUGCUAGGAAGCUAAUUCUAAGUCAUUAUAUCUGUUAUGAGUCAAAAGCUUUAUUUUUCUUGUGCUUAUGACUUAUAUCCACUCAAACACUGCAAUUUUUUUUUUCACUAUGAUUACACCAAAAUAUCAAAUAUGUAAUGACUCCCUUGAAUCUCUGAAAUACAAGUUUUUAGAAUUACACUGAAAUAUCAGAAUUACAGUGUAAGUUUGAAAAUUCUUUCUGAAAAAUAGUGAGGUCUUACUAUAAUUUUAAUUUAAGCUCAGCAUUUGAGUUUAUAUAGUUUGCUGCUUCCAAUAAGAUAUAUUGUACAAAGUGUCUGUAUGAUUGCUUCAAAAGAAUGAAAUGAAUGUCUCAUUUUUCAUUCGUUGAAGCUACUGAUACUUGCUUUUUUUUUUUUUAAAUUCUCUCAUGCAUUCUUUGUGAUAUUGAAACAAUAUUAUUUUGUUUGUUACUAGAUUUUAGCAGUGCAGUUCAAAUGGCAUGGAGCUGUUUAAGAGCUGUUUAUUCCAUCAGGUGUUCAUGUUUCAAAGAGCAACAGUGAUCACCAUCCCUACUUAAAAAAAGUAUAUUGUAUAAAAAUUAUUAAAAACAAAGUUUUUAGUUCAUUUACAGAAGUUGUUGGUCUGUUCUCGCUGCAUAUCAGAAAUAUGGAGGGUCAACAUUCCAUUAAAUGGUGCCAUUCCAGUUUUCUUGUUGGUCACACAGUUUAAAUUAGCUGAAAUGUGUACACAAUGGAAUAAAGUGUUAAUGACCAAAAAAAAAUCAAACUGUAUUUUGACAUUUAUUAUGAUAAUAUACAAGAUGCCUUUAACCUUUUCAAGAGUGCUAGUUAAGUUAUAUGAGGUCUCGUGGCCACCAUUCUGUAAAGAGGGAUUAUAUAUCAAUGUUUCCUUUCACUUGUAUUAUAAAACUGACCCUUUUACUCGUGAACUUUUGUCGUGUGAGAAUUCUGAGUGAUGCGUGAGUAUCAAAAACUGAAUUAUCAUGUUUUGUACAUAGCUGAUGACUGAUUGUUUUCACAUUUAUCUGUCAUAUAUGUGUGGUACUUUGCAUUUAGUUUUGUUGAAAAAAAAAAUAUGUAACAUGAAUAACACUGAAAAUUCAGACUGUAAGAAUGAUAUAGAAUAUACUCAUUACAAAAAACAUAAACACAGUUGCAGGAUAUUAGAAUUAAUAGUAUUUAUGUUUGGUAAUAAGAGCACGAAUACUUCACAGCAAUCUGUUCUCUUGUUAGAAGUACUGAAAAAUACUGCUCUAAGCAUUUAACAGUGUAAAACUCAAGCAGCAAAUGUUACUAGUGAAAAUAGAUCCAGAGCUAUAUAGAAAAAUGAGGAAUUUGAAAAGCAAUAAAUUCAUGAUGACCAGA